AUGUCUGGAUCCAUACCAUUCUACCAGAAGCACCAUCGCCACUAUGACCGCAGCUACCGCAGCUCGGACAUGGAGUCAACCAUGAGCCGCUACCAGUCCAGCAGCAGGUUCUCAGCAGGCAGAAGCAGGUUCUCAGCAGACAGCAGCAGAUCUGCCCUGAGCACCAGCAGGGGGCUCGAAUGGCCUUCUCUCCCCGGCCUGGAGGAGAGCAGACUGAGCCCCUUGCCCAAGAGACCUAAGCCAACUUACUUAGCGGUGGACAGAGAGAACCACGUCAUUGGCUAUGUUGUGCCUAUCUUCAGGGGCAGUGAAGAGUAUGCCUCAGGAUGUUCUGAGACUCAGGCCAUGGGCAGAGACACUGCUCAGGUGGCUCGCAGGGAAAUAUCCACCGCAGAUCUGGGAAUGGAGCAGAUGUCCAGGAGGGAGGCCAUCCGCGAGACUGCCAAUCGCAUCUCUAUCAACAAAAGGAUCCAUGAGCAAGAGCAGCACUUUCGGCGCAUGAACGAAGACAGCCUGAUGCACUCUCCAGAGUUUGUGAUUAAGCCUCGCUCCCACACGGUGUGGGAGAAGCAGUGUGUGCGCCUCCACUGCACAGUCAGCGGCUGGCCGGACCCCAGGGUCGUGUGGUACAAAAACAAUGUGCCUAUCGACCCCCUCUGCAGCGCUGGGAAGUAUAAACUUGAAAGCAAUUACAAUGUUCACUCCCUGGAGAUCAACAGGUGUGAUUUUGACGACACGGCGCAGUAUCGUGUGUCUGCCAUGAACUCCAAAGGGGAGCUGUCUGCAUUCGCCUCUGUCGUUGUAAAGAGGUUUAAAGGUGACAUUGAUGAGUCUCUGCCAGCCCCCAGGAGGGCCAUUCCUCGAGAGGGCCCUGUGUCUGAGUAUGGCAUUAACUUCCAGACUCACAUUGUGGAUAAGUUUGGCGUUUCCUUUGGACGAGAGGGCGAGACAAUGAGUCUAGGAUGCACCGUGAUCAUUUCUCCAACUUUAAACCGGUACCAGCCUGAGAUCCAGUGGUACAGAGAUGGUAUUUUGCUGUCUCCCACUAAAUGGUACCAGAUGAGCUGGAGUGGGGACAGGGCCACGCUGACCCUCGUACACCUGAACAAGGAGGAUGAGGGACUCUACACGUUACGCAUCACCACUAAGUCUGGAUAUGAGACGCACUCUGCCUACCUGUUUGUUCGAGAUGCUGAGGCUGAGGUGGAAGGAGCCCCAGCCGCACCUCUGGAUGUCCGUGGUCUUGAUGCAAAUAAGGAUUACAUUAUUGUCACUUGGAAGCAACCAGCGGCCGAUGGGGGAAAUUCUAUUCUUGGCUACUUUGUGGACAGGUGUGAAGUCGGAACAAACCACUGGGUUCAAUGCAAUGAGACCCCAGUGAAGUUUGCCCGCUUCCCAGUCACUAACCUGGUGGAAGGCCGAUCCUUUGCGUUCCGUGUCCGUGCCGUUAACAGCUGUGGCAUGAGUUAUCCGUCCAGAGUAUCUGAGCCGGUCGCAGCCAUGGACCCAGCGGACCGGGCACGCAUGAGAGGCACUUCUGCUCCUUGGACCGGUCAGAUCAUCGUAACAGAGGAGGAGCCUGCAGAGAGCAUUGUUCCUGCAAGACCCCGUGAACUGCAAGUGACAGAGGCGACCAAAAAUUAUGUGGUGUUGAGCUGGAGGCCCCCAGGAGAGAAAAGCCUUGAGGGCCUCAUGUAUUAUGUGGAAAAGUGUGUCUCUGGCACAGACGACUGGCAGAGAGUGAACACAGAGAUCCCCGUCAAAUCCCCACGCUUUGCACUCUUCGAUCUGGCAGAGGGGAGAUCCUACAGCUUUAGGGUUCGCUGCUGCAACUCCGCUGGGGUGGGCGAACCCUCUGACCCCACGGAGGCCACGACAGUCGGAGACAAACUUGAUAUCCCAGCGGCUCCAGGAAAGGUUGUCCCCACGAGAAAUACAGACACGUCUGUGGUUGUGUCCUGGGAAGCUUCACAAAAUGCGAACGAAUUAGUGGGAUAUUACAUCGAAUGCAGCAUUGAGGGCAGCAGUGUGUGGGAGCCAUGCAACAACAAACCUGUGAACGUCACCAGGUUCAUCUGCCACGGCCUGACCACAGGGGAGCGCUAUAUCUUCAGGGUCAGGGCUGUGAACGCAGCAGGACUCAGCAACUUCUCCCCAGAAUCUGAGGCAGUGGAGGUGAAGGCUGCUAUUGCAUCUCCCACUCCUCCCUAUGGCAUCACUGUGCUGGAGUGUGUGCGUGACUCCAUGGUGCUUGCCUGGAAACAGCCCACAUCUGUCGGUGGAGCUGACAUCACAGGAUACUUUGUGGAUUACCGGGAGGUCGUUGAUGGAGCACCAGGACAGUGGCAUGAGGCCAACAUUAGGGCUGUCAGUGAGAGGGCAUACAGAGUGUCUGACCUGCUGGAGAAUAAAAAGUACCAGUUUCAGGUGAGGGCCGCCAACAUGGCUGGUGUCGGGAUCCCAUCUUUGCCAAGUGACACUUUCCUGUGUGAAGAGUGGACCAUCGCAGCCCCAGGUCCACCUCAUGACCUGGAGAUCCGAGAGGUGCGGAGCGACUCUGUGGCGCUGCUGUGGAAGCCUCCUGUGUAUCAGGGCCGUGAUCCGGUCAAUGGCUUUUACAUCGAUGUGAAGGAAGCAGAGGCUUCAGACGAGGCCUGGAGGAGUGUGAACACCAAGGCUACUGACAAGACAUUUUUCAAGGUCAAAAACCUCACUGAAGGGCACGAUUAUGUGUUCCGCGUACGUGCACAAAAUCAAGCAGGUGUUGGAAAAUCUUCUGAGGUGACAGAGCCUAUCAAAGCUGUCACCAAACCAGGCACCAAGGAGAUUGUUGUAGAUGUUGAUGACGAUGGUAUCAUCUCCUUAAACUUUGAAUGUGGAGAAAUUACACCCGACUCCAAAUUUGUGUGGUCCAAAAACUAUAAAGAAAUCUCAGAGUCCCCUAGAGUGGCGGUAGAGACCAAGGGAAACAAGUCCAAGGCCGUGUUCAGCUGUCCUGCGGAGGAAGACGUCGGCAUCUACUCGUGCCACGUCACUCACACUGACGGUGCUUCUUCCAGCUACACUUUGUCUCCUGAAGAGCUGAAAAGACUCCUGCAGAUCAGUCACGACCAUAAGUUCCCCAUAAUUCCACUAAAAACAGAUUUAGCUGUGGAGAUGCAGGAGAAGGGCAGAGUCCGCUUUUGGCUGCAGGCGGAGAUGUCUGGAAACGGAAAAAUUGAUUACGUGUUCAACGAUAACGGCAUUUCUCAAGGGGAGAAAUACAAGAUGAACUUUGACAAAAAUACAGGCAUUAUUGAGAUGAUCAUGGAGUCUUUGACGCCUGCUGACGAGGGGACUUACACGUUCCGGCUGCAGGAUGGAAAGGCUACAAACCAGUCUAGUUUAGUGCUGAUCGGAGAUGUGUUCAAAGGUUUGCAAAAGGAGUCCGAGUUCCAAAGAAAAGAAUGGUUCAGAAAGCAAGGUCCUCACUUCAUUGAGUUCUUGGGCUACGAAGUGACACCAGAAUGCUGCGUGCUUCUCAAAUGCAAGGUCGGGAACAUGAAGAAAGAAACCACUGCGGUUUGGUACAAAGAUGGGAAAGAGAUCAAAUCUGAUAACAACCUGGGCUUCACGGAGGGAGUGCUCAAGCUGGAAAUCGCUCAGAUUUCCAAGAAAGAUUCAGGCGUGUAUGAGGUGGUUCUUAAGGAUGACAGAGGAAAGGACACUUCUAAGUUGAAUUUGACAGAACAAGGUUUUAAAGACUUGAUGAAUGAGGUUUUCAGCUUUAUUGCCAACUCCUCCACUCCGCUGAAGAUCACCAGUACAGAGAAUGGCAUUCGACUGUACACAUUUGUAGGUUAUUACAACGACUUACUCCAAGUGACAUGGCAUUACAAGGAUUCGGCCAUAGCCUUUUCUGACCGUAUAAAGAGUGGAGUGGUCGGAGAGCAGCUCUGGCUUCAGAUUACAGAACCCACAGAAAAGGACACAGGAACGUACGCCAUCGAGUUCAAUGAUGGGAAAGGAGGCCUGAGGAGGAGCGUGGAGCUGAGCGGACAAGCCUAUGACGACGCUUUUGCAGAAUUCCAGAGACUGAAGGCUGCUGCUAUCGCAGAGAGAAGUCGUGCUCGAGUAGCUGGAGGUCUGCCCGAUGUGGUCACGAUCCAGGAGGGAAAGGCCCUGAAUUUGACCUGCAAUAUUUCCGGUGACCCUGUGCCGGUGGUGACCUGGCUGAAGAACGACAAAGAGAUCACAUCAGACGAGCACUGCAUCCUUAAGUUUGAGUCUGGCAAGUUUGCCAGCUUCACCAUCACUGGUGUGAACACUUCAGACUCUGGCAAGUACAGCAUCCUGGUGAAGAACAAGUACGGCACGGAGAGCGGGGACUUCACUCUGGAGGUGGUGGAGGGAACCCCAGAUUUAGGCAUUACCUCAUACUGGACUGAUGCGGACGGAAAUGUGGUGUUUGAUCCAAAUACCCCAAAGGAAAGGAUGAUCACCUCAUACACGGGAGCCAAAACACAGGAGCCAGAGGAUUGUGGAGUGUUGGUUGAAGAAAAGGAGGAGGAGAGAGAAGAGAAAUACUUGCUGGAUACAGUUACAACCUCCUCUCUGUCCCUGUCCUCUCCUCUCCGGCAGGCGGACACCAUGAACUAUGUGGGGCAGCUGGCGGGGCAGGUGCUGGUCACCAUCAAAGAGCUGUACAAGGGCAUAAACCAGGCCACUCUGUCGGGGUGCAUCGACGUGAUCGUGGUGCGACAGCCGGACGGGACCUUCCAGUGCUCCCCCUUUCACGUCCGCUUCGGAAAACUGGGAGUCCUGCGCUCCAAGGAGAAAGUGAUUGACAUAGAAAUAAAUGGCGAACCCGUGGAGCUUCAGAUGAAACUGGGAGACAACGGAGAGGCCUUCUUUGUUCAAGAGACAGAGCAGCAGGAUGAGGUAGUCCCGGCCCACCUGGUGACGUCCCCCAUCCCCACAGAGGAGCACCGGUGUGGGGGCCUGGGAGCCGAGGGCAGUGGGCCUCCGGGAGAAGCAUCCUUUGAGAACCCCGUCCCUCCCGCGGGCAAGAAGAAGAAGAGGCGCAAGAGGAAGCACAAGGCCGAGCCCCGCAAAGAGGAGAGCGGUCCGGCUGCGGAGCUGGAGCCCGGAGACCUCAGCUCGGACGAGGACCGCACCUCCCACAGCGGAUGCACGUCUUCGCUGACAGUGGUGAAGGACAGUGUGGAGCACAGGACGCACACGCCGCUCACUGGGCUGGAAUGGGACUGCUACCCCUUCUCUGACGGAGACUGGGCGCCCUGCUUGGAGCGGGACAUGUUGGACCCGAACCCAAAGAGCGACUCGGAGCUCUUGGUGAAGCCCACAGAAAACCUGCUCCGAGCCGACGCACACAUGCAGUGGACCUGGGGCGAGUUUCCAGAGUUCACCAGGAAUAAGAAAGAGGACACGUCUGAGCUCAAGCCGCUGACAUUGACUCCCUCAGAAAAUACACAUUUCAGAGUGAUCCUGAGCUCGGAGGCCAUGGAGGAGGAGACGAGGGGAGCACACGUGUGCAAGAUCGUGAAGCCAGAACCUCGGAUCAUUAAACCAGACCAGCUGCACAAUGCUUCAUCUCAGUCCGAGCCUUUCUACAGGACACCAAAAAGCUUGAGUUCAGAAGACUUUGAUAGCCAGAAUAAAACAGUACGCAAGACUCGCUGGACGUCCUCCCCACCCAGCCGCAAGAACAGUGACUGCAUCAUGGCUGUUACUGGGGACUGUCCUGGUCCCAUUAGGCCUGACACAAAAUCCUCCCCCACAGACUCGCCAGUAAAGCACAAAGGUGUGAGAAAACGCAGUCAGCAUCAGGGACCAGAAGACAUUUAUCUGGACGAUUUGAGUAAACUUGAUCCUGAUGUUCUGGCCCUUUACUUUCCCAAAAGUGAGUCGGAGCAGGUGCCUAAGCACUGGGAGGCGGGCAGGAGCUCCGGGGGUCAGUCCCCACAGUCUGUGGGCAGUGCAGCUGCAGACAGUGGCACUGAAUGUCUGUCUGAUUCAGCUGGAGACCUGCCUGAUGUCACCCUGUCCCUCUGCGGGGGCAUUGGGGAGAACUCAGAGAUUUCCAAAGAGAAGUUCGUUGAACACAUAAUCACCUACAAUGAGUUUGCAGAGAACCCAGCGAUUAUUGACAAUCCAAAUCUGGUUGUAAAGAUUGCAAACAGAUACUACAACUGGACCCUGGCAGCCCCUUUGAUCCUCAGUAUGCAAGCCUUCCAGAAGAACCUUCCAAAGGCUACAGAGGAGGCAUGGGUGAAAGAGAAAAUGCCUAAAAAGUCUGGGCGCUGGUGGUUCUGGAGAAAGACUAGUGUGAAACAGAUGUUGGCAGAACCCAAAUUAGAGACACAAGAGUCGCUGACCAGUGAGAGCCUGGCCCUUCAACAGGCCCCACAAACACAGUCGAAGGCGACAGGAUGGUCCAGUGAUGAUGAGUCCAAUGAACCCACUGCGGCUCCGGCUGGGACUGCAGAGCGUGCUCAGAGUCAGUCUGCGCCGUCGGCCUCCAGUCCUUCUUAUAAGAAGUCCCUCCGUCUGUCCUCUGAACAAAUAAGUCGCCUGAAGCUGCGGGACGGUCCUAAUGACGUCACGUUCAGUAUAACCACACAGUACCAGGGAACGUGUCGCUGCGAAGGCACCAUUUACCUCUGGAACUGGGACGACAAGGUCAUCAUCUCAGACAUCGACGGCACAAUCACAAAAUCAGAUGUGUUUGGACACAUCCUCCCGCACCUGGGGAAGGACUGGACUCAUCAGGGCAUUGCAAAACUCUACCAUUCUGUGCAUGAGAAUGGUUAUAAGUUCUUGUACUGCUCAGCGCGGGCCAUCGGCAUGGCGGACAUGACACGAGGGUAUUUACACUGGGUGAACGACAGAGGGACCCUCCUGCCUCAAGGGCCUCUCAUGCUCUCUCCAAGCAGCCUCUUCUCAGCCUUCCACAGAGAAGUCAUUGAAAAAAAGCCCGAAAAGUUCAAAAUUGAAUGUCUGACAGACAUUAAAAACCUGUUCCAUCCAAACACUCAGCCUUUCCAUUCAGCUUUUGGAAACAGAGACAAUGAUGUAUUCGCCUACAAGAAAGUGGGUGUUCCCGUCAGUCGGAUAUUUACAGUGAACCCUAAAGGGGAGUUGAUUCUUGAGCUGGCCAAAGGCAAUAAAACAUCUUACAGCCGCCUCAGCGAGCUGGUGGAGCAUGUGUUUCCUCUAAGAAACACACAACACAACGCCACCUUCUGCUGCCCAGAGUUCAGCUCCUUCUGCUUCUGGAGGCAGCCCAUUCCUCAGCUGUGUCUGGAGGAGCUCGGCUGA